UUUAACAUUCGUAUUAUCACAGAAGAGUGCAGACAACAUGUUUUCCGCCGUCGUUGGAGUUAUUUUGAUGGUUUUACUGACAUCAGUGGUUCACACUGCACCUAUUAAGCGCCAAGACUUCUGUCCGCUUGUUUGUCCUAAGAUCUAUGACCCCAGGUGUGGUUCUGACGGCAAAACAUAUGAUAACCAGUGUUACUUUCAACGCGCUGAAUGUAUGAACCUUUACUCUCUUACACUUGCGCAUAUUGGACCAUGCGAAGGUGACACAACCUCUUCCGAUUUAGUUGCUAACUAACUUUGUAUUCAAACAGUACUGUUUCAUUAAAAAAACUGCGUUGUUA